CGCAGCCUUUGGUGCAGUCGUCACUCUUGUCUGGGUACCAGCUCCCCGCUGCCCUACGCACGGCGGGCUGGCAUCGGGCCCGGGGGAAGCGGAGCAGGUCUGCGGAUCUAAGUGUCAAGUGUUGCGGCGACGCACUUGCAGCGAGAAUCGGGAGGAGGAGGAGACAGCAAGGAUAGGCCCAGGAGCAAUGGCGUCCAAAGAGGAACAAGUGAUGAAAAAUAUCAACAUGGAAAAUGCCAACGAGGAAAAUGAUAAAAAGGAUGAAAAAGAGCAACUUGCUAAUAAAGGAGAGCCUUUGGCCCUACCUUCGGGAUAUGGUGAAUAUUGUGUACCUGGAGGAAAUCAUAGGCGGUUCCAUGUUAGGCAGCCCAUCCUGCAGUAUAGAUGGGACAUGACUCAGAGGCUUGAAGAGCCACAGGCAAGGAUGAGAGAGGAGAAUAUGGAAAGGAUUGGGGAAGAGAUGAGACAACUCAUGCAAAAGCUGAGGGAAAAGCAGUCGAGUCACAGUCUGAGGGCAGUUAGCACUGACCCCCCUCACCAUGACCAUCAUGAUGAGUUUUGCCUUAUGCCUUAAAUCCUGAUGUUCUCCCUGAAGUUAAUAGGGAGACACACCUGCUUCCUAAACUUACAUGUUCAUAAUGUACCUCUGUUGUAAACCUGUUGAUGCCACUCAUUUCUGGUGGGUCUCGUAUUACCAGCUUCUAGUUGAAUGUGUUUUUGACCCAGUCUGUAAGAUUCUGUUAGCAGAAGAAUUUUACCUAUUGCAUGGCAAGAUGCUUAUUAUAUAUUGUGAAGUUAAUAAAGCAGUUU